AGACAAUAAUUUGGUAUAUGUUUAAUGUUUUUCAAUAAUUGAAAACACUAUUUUCACUGGCCAAAUUCGCCACUAAGAAAGCAACGGCCAUACAAAAUAAUGAUAUGGAUACUAAUUUCCAGUUGACUUGGUGCAAAAAUUUGAUAUAAUCAAGCCAAGAAAAUAUAUCGAGUUAUAUAGAGAUACUCACUGAUUGACCCUUAUCUUUAUUUAUUUUUUUAAUGAUGGAUAUUAAUCAUGAAGAGUCUACUAUAAGGAAGGAUAAUUUUCUUCCUGAAAAUGUUGAUAUCAAAAUGGAAAUAGUAAAAGAAGAGGUGAGGGAAGAUUUGAUGAUCAGAUGUGAAGCCUGUAAGGAGUCUAUAAGUGGAACGAUCUGCAUUCAUAAUAUGCAAUGUGCAGGUUCUGUUGGGGACAUAAAUGAAAUAAUGGAUGACCAGACAGUCACAGUUCAGGAACUCGAAGAUUCCAAAAUCAAGUGCACUGAUUUAGAAUUCACAUCAUACCAGGAAAGUUGUCUUGAUAGUAAACAGUUCUCGUCAGUUGAUAGGUACUCUGUCAAACGUGAAAUCAAGAACGAAAUAAAUCAAAGCAACUCAGUGGAUGAAGACAGUGUUUUUCAUGAAAGUUUCGAUGAACAGAUGACCAAAUCAGAGGUUGGUUUGAGGCCUGAGCAGGAUUCCUCUGAAGAAAUUGAGAAAAACUGCGAGAAAAAUGUAAAAGCUAGCUUAGCGCAGGAACGACACAGUUCUGUGAUAACUCUUGAUCCCAUUCAUAAUUCAGGGUUUUUGUCAAAGGAUUCAGAUUGCUCCGGUUGCCACACGGAACUAGUCAAAAUAGAGUAUAAUGAUAUUUUUUAUGGAAAUGUUAUGGUUAAGAAAGAGCCAACUGAGAAAGAUGCUUGCUUGAACUGUGAAUUAUCGUCACAGUAUAAAGAUUGCGGUGAGAGCGUUGAACAGUGCAACGAAGCUUCUGAAAAAGAUUUUGAGACCAAUGAAAAAGUACAUGCAGAUGAAAAACUCAUUCAGUGUAAUUUCUGCACCAGAUCUUUCACUCACUUUAGUUACUUGAAGAACCACGAGAAAUUCCAUGAGACGGAAAUAAAGAAAAAGCAUAAAUGUGAAAUCUGUUCUAAAAUUUUUUUACGCCGUUCUCACCUGAUGAGGCAUUCUGUCAUUCAUACAGGAGAAAAACCAUAUGAAUGUGAAAUCUGUUCGAAUAGUUUUUCCAAUAGUUCUGCGUUGGCUGUUCAUUUGAGAAUUCACACAGGAGAAAAACCGUAUAAGUGUGAAGUGUGUUUAAAAUCAUUUUCCAAUAGUUCUACUUUGGUUGUGCAUUCCAGAAUUCAUACGGGGAAAAAACCAUAUCAUUGCAAAAACUGUUCAAAAUCUUUUUCCAAUAGUUCUGACUUGCAAAAGCAUUCUAGAAUUCACACAGGAAUAAAACCAUAUAAAUGUGAAACCUGUUCAAAAUAUUUUUCAGAAAGUUCUGCCUUGAAAAGGCAUUUUAGAAUUCACACAGGAGAGAAACAGUACAAAUGUGAUAUUUGUUUAAAAUCUUUUUUUCAAAGUUUUGACCUAAAAAGGCAUUCCAGAAUUCACACAGGAGAAAGGCCUUAUAAAUGUGAAAUCUGUUCAGAAUCCUUUUUUGAUAGUUCCGAGUUAGGGAAGCAUUCCAAAAUUCACACAGGGGAAGAGACAUAUGAAUGUACAAUCUGUUCAAAAUCUUUUUUUGAUAGAUUGGUCCUUGAGAGGCAUUCCAAUAUUCAUACAGAGGAAAAACCUCAUAAAUGUGAAAUCUGUUCUAAAUCUUUUUUUGGUGUUUCAAAGUUGCAGAGGCAUUUGAGAAUUCACACAGGGGAAAAACCAUAUAAAUGUGACAUCUGUUCAAAAUCUUUUUCAGAUAGUUCUGACUUGCGAAGGCAUUCUGCAAUUCAUACAGGACAAAAAACAUACAACUGUAUAAUCUGUUCAAAAUCAUUUUUCUAUAGUUCUGGACUAGCAAGGCAUUUCAAAAUUCACGCAAGAGAAAAACCUCAUAAAUGCGAAAUCUGUUCGAAAUCUUUUUUUGAUGUUUCUUGCUUGCAGAGGCAUUUAAGAAUUCACACAGGUGAAAAACCAUAUAAAUGUGAAAUCUGUUCAAAAUCUUUUUCUGUCAGUUCUGACUUGCGAAAGCAUUCUGUAAUUCACUCAGGACAAAAAGCAUAUGAAUGUAAAAUCUGUUUGAAAUCUUUUUUCUACAGUUCUGGUCUAGCCAGACAUUCCACAAUUCACACAGGAGAAAAACCUCAUAAAUGUGAAAUCUGUUCGAAAUCUUUUUCCGACAUCUCUGCCUUGGAAAGACAUUCUAGAAUUCACAGGGGGGAAAAACCAUAUAAAUGUGAAAUUUGUUCAAAAGUUUUUUACGCUAGUUUUGACCUAAAGAGACAUUCCAGAAUUCACACAAGAAAAAACUCUAAUAAAAGUGAAAGCUGUUCGAAAACUGUUUCUGAUCGUUCUAAAAUUGAUACAGAGGAACCAACAUUGAAUGUUUAAUCUGUUCAAAACACCAGUAAAAACUGUAAAUAAGAUUUCAAGAAAUUGAUCAAGUGAAAUGUUCUAGGGACUUUGCUACAUACUGUUGCUGCAGUGUUUUUUUUACAAAAAAGAUAUGCAAAAUACAUCUGCAAAGCAAAUAUUAGGGACCGUUGUAGACUCGCGUAUAUUCAAAAGAAUGGAGCUCAGUGGAUCUGAGAAUACCUAUUUUAACAAGUGUCACUUGAUUUUAAUUUUUUCUUCCCGAAAUAUUACAUUAGUCUUGUAUUAUUUGAAAUUAUGUUCAGUCCAGAACAGUAAAAAGGAAGUCUUCAUUUUUGAAUUGCAAAUUGAUAGAAAUAUGUUAUGAAAGUAUAGUUAUUGUUUACUUCAUAGAAAAGUAUUAUUUUUCAAAUAAUAUUCAUCCAUUGAAAGUGAACCAUUAUAUUUUGAAUUUGUCUUUAGCCAAAUUCUCGGAUACAAAUAAAGAGAAACCUAUUUACUCUAUAAUUGAUAAUAAUUUUCUAACAUACAAAAUCCGAACUAGUUCAAUAAUGAAAUGGAAAACUAGAUGAUAAUUGCAACAACAAAGACGAAUUUCUGGAGGUGCAUUUAUUUUCUUUUCUGAUAACAAGCCAUACUAUGAUGCAUAAAAUGGAACACUGAGCUAAUUUUCUUUCUAGCAUUUUUGGAAAUGUUGAAAAAAACUGCAGUGUCAAAAUGAUUCUUGCAUAUGGCACAUAACACUUAUUUUUUGUUCUACUUAUGUUGUAGUUGUUUCAAACGGAUUUUUUUUCUUUCAGUUUCUGUCUGAAAGAUAUGCAUGAUCUGUAUAUCUUUAUAAAUAAUUUUUAUUGUACUUUUUUCUUUCUUCUGUUUUUUUUGGCUAUUUCCCGGGUUAUUUAAUGUUAGUAAAAUAGAUAAAAAUAAACCAGAAUUUUUGUUUUGUUGUUGAGGCAAAGAAACCAAGUAUUAUUCCAUGAAAUAAAAUCGUGUUUCAGUUGACUAAAGAUUUUCUAAAUAAAGAUGUAUGGAAUGUUGUGUAAAAAUCACUGAAUUGACUCACUGGUUUCACCAACUAUUUAUAGUUGUGAUAUACAAAGAUUUCUCAAAGGCCUUUGACAAAAUUGAUCAUAGCAUUAACAUUCGACACUGGACCUUAUUGGCCUUAGUAAUAAGCUACUAGGCUUUUGCCAGUCACAUAAACAAAAAAGUUUCCAAAGCCAAUAAAAUGUUAGGAUUUAUCACACGAAAUUGUCAAAACUUCACAAACAUAAACGCCUUGAAGAUAUUAUAUUUCUCAUAUGUCAGAUCCAAGCUUGAAUACUGCUCAGUUAUUUGGAACCCCUACUAUUUCUGUCAUUGAGUACUCAAUUGAAAAAGUUCAAAGAAAAUUUUUGAAAUUGUUGUACUUCAAAAACACUGGAAUUUAUCCAGCUGAGGGUUCUGACCACUAUAGUCUUCUCAAUCACUUUCAAUUGAUUUUUUUAGAAAAAAGGAGAUGUGCUUCGACAACCUUUUUGCAUAAACUAAUGCACAGACAAGUAGACUGCCAUUUGCUCCUGUCAGAACUGAACUUUAGGGUGCCAAGAGCACAUUAAAGUUCAGUUUUGUUUUAUCUAUUAUCAGUACUGAUGUAUUCAAUUAUGUCCUGUAAUUGGGUGUUACCUGUUGGGCAAUAAAUGAUAUUAUUAUUAUUAUAAAGGUAAAGACCUAAACAUAAACGAUGUGGUUAAGUCUGACAACAGUCACAAACAAAAACGUAUUUAUGUCGGGCUUGCCUUGAAUAAUUUUUUUGAAUAUAACAAUUUUAGAAAAUAACGGAGUCAGAAGGAUUAAAAAAUAAUGGUUCGCAAAUACUAUAAGAAUUGUUGAAAUAUGCCAAUGAAUGCAUUUACGAAAGUGUUUGUAGCUUUUUGUAUAACUAAUUAAAGAAAGUCAAUUCAGUGAUUUGUAUAAUUUUUUUUAGUAAAUUAGCGUUCAAACCGAUUUUUGUUUACUUCUGUAUUUAAUAUGUUUCGCGUUUUUUAGACUGACAGGAAACGAAAACAUGAUCAAUAUUGAAUAACUUUGAAGAAAAGUCCCUGGUGAAGUAUAAUAUGAUUAAAUAAGCGGCUAAUUCAUAUCAGGUGUUAUAUUUCGUGUUAUGUUGUAGCUGCUACGGUUGUUCAUUCAAAAGUCGACAUGCAAAAAGAUGAAAGAUCAAUUUUUGUCAGUGGAAGUUCUGUAUACGGGAACCAGCCAAUUCUGUAUUACAUUACUUUUUUUUUUCAUAUCCAAUAGUGAAUAGUUUUCGUAAAAGUCUGUUCAUUCAUUUAGAUUGCUGUAAUUUGUUUUUGUUCGUUGCCUGUAUCAAUCUCACUUUUAUAUUUAAUAAAUAAUUUGUAAAUUUCAAGUGAACUAUUUUUUUCGGUGUCAACAACUUCGACUGCUGUGGUCAUUUGUCUCCUUUUCUGAGUUAUACUAAUUAUUAUAUCGAUAACAAGAUACACUAAUUUUUAGACACAAAAUCGUAAUUUUAUGAACGAAUUAGUGCUUUUUUUGAACUUGAUUGCUUACUUCUUUCCUCUGGAGGAUUCCUACAACAUGUUAUCAGUGAUAUUCUCGCUGAAUGGAUUGAACUUCACCUUUCAUUUUCAAUAUUUAAUUUUUAGGUAAAAAUGAUGUGAAAUGCGUAGU